AUGCCACCUCCUUCUCACCAGGCUGGGCAGCACGCUGCUUCAUCUCAACAGCAACAGCAACAGUACUAUUCGCAACCUCAGCAGCAUCAACAACAUCAGCUAUUAUCAGCAUCGCAACAACAACAACAACAGCAGCAACAAGAUAGAUCUCAAACGCAACCCAUCGGGCGCAGUCAGUCUGCAUUCAAUUUCCUCCUCAACAAAGCAAAGGCACCCUUCUCGUCAUCCUCAAGCUCGUCGACGCUCACUGCCUCUGCUUCCCUCUCUUCACUAUCUGCACACCAGGAGGAUCCUUUCGAUGACACAACCAAUCACAUUCAGUAUCAUCGCCAGUUACAAAAGGAUCACACCUUUCCACAUGCUCCUCCUGCUCCUGGUCAGGGUCGCAGAGUUCCCAGCGCCAGUCAACAACAACAACAACAACAACAACAACAACAACAACAACAACAACAACAACAACAACAACAACAGCAGCAGCAGCAAACGGAUCCCCUGCAUCCUGGUAGACCAAGUGGCGCAUCCUUCUCUCGUCCAAGCUACUCUGAAGAACCCCAAAAUGCUGUCGCGAGUCCUACCAAACGCGGCUUCUUUGGCGGCAUCGGUCGCGAUCGCAAAGCGUCGACAGCGUCUAUCAAGCAGCCAGCUCCUCCCAAGCCCAACUUUUCCUACAGCCCGCUCUCCAAGAGUCAUCGUUCCGAGCAAUCAUCCAGCAACUAUGCGCAGUUCAGCAAGAGUCAGUCUGAUCUUCAUGCUCGUGACUUUAACUCACCAACCCACCCAACUGCCGAGCUUCCCCGCAUACCCGCCAUCUACCAGCAGACCGCUCCUGCUUCUGCCGAACGCAAUCGAUAUUUGCGCUCGCCGAGCCUCGCCAUGAACUUUUCGCGCAGCGUAGACGACCUCAGCUCGGUCGAACAGCCUGUCUCGCCUUUCCCAGCUUCACCGGGAUACGACGAGAGCACUUCGACGCUGGCUACCAUGGCCACCUCCACCUCCCCAGGCACGUGGGGAGAGCACGGUGUUCCCCUUGCGCAACCAGACUGGCGCCCAAGUGAUAUGGGGACAUUGGCAUCGCCUACUCAGCAGCCGAACGCUCCGCACCAGCGCUUCAAGGCCGGACACACUAAACUGGAUUCGGUCGCCUCGCAGAUUCAACCCUCGACCGGAUCUGUCCAGAACCCACCCAAUAACUGGACAAGUAUGUCGCCCCCACAGUACGGCUAUCUUCAGUCGUCCACCGCUCAGCGGACCGAUGCUCGACAUGCACGUAAAGUUUCCAAGCUCAGUGGAAAGGAAUUUUCGAGUCGCAGUGCCGUAGCGUCCAGCCUGGCAGCAUCGCUCGGCCUCACCAAUCUUGGAGGUUCCUCCGCGGCACCGACCUCCCUCACGGUCCAAACAUUUCACGAGCCUGUUCCUCUUCCUCAGGGCGCGGUCUUCCAGGGCUUUGUCAACCGCAACGCCAACAUCAGUCUGUCUCUCGCACAGCUCAAUGGACACGAUCACGGCAAAGGAAAGGAAAAGGACAUCUCUAAGGGCUGGAAACCAUACCGAGUUGUACUGCAAGAGGGUCGACUCUGCUUCUACAAGCCGCCGAGCAACAUCGUAGAUGAAGUCAAAUCGCUCUUUCCCACAGGCCUUGUUCGCACCCUACCCGACACGCCAGCCUCAGCCACCUCUUCCGCCAGUCUCAAUACCGACGCGCUCAUGAGGAGCGGUCUCAGCAAGCAAGAUCUGCUGAGCGCCACUUCCAGUACCAACGAGAUGACUUCACCUUUUCCCUCGCCUAGUCUGCGACCACGCAUCCCUGCAGUUCGACAGAAUUCCAACAAGUCGGCAACCAUCUCGGCCGGCUCCCCAACAACGCCGGUUUUUGCACCUUCAGCAUCACAGUUCACUGACGCUGCGCACAGAUCCUGGAUCAAGCCUGGUAAGCACCCGGAGCUCAUCCUUGUCGACGCAAUCGAGGCUCCCCAAGGCUGGGCUGAACGUAUCCAGAGUGGCAGUCUGGAAGCUCUGGCGCACGAAUUUGUCAUGGCAACUCAGCUUCCUACAGGAGCUGAGCGAUUGUCUGCAUCGGCAUCGCCGCUUCUCCUUCAGAUGGAAUCAAGCCAAUCGAUGGACUCUACCGUCGAGGCAUACGCGGCGGCGGUUCUGGUGGCCAUCUUUGCGGGCCAGGAGCCACGAGGGGUGCUUGUUGCAACCGUUGUCAAGUUCAUCACUGAGGUGCAACAUCACGCGCAAGACCUUCUUGCAGCCAAAGAGGACGGCUCGCAAAACGGUGUCGAACCAUCAAUGCUCAAGUCACGGCUCGCAACCCUUCUGGACGUUUCGGUGCGAGCUGGGAUCGCUCAAACGAGCGAGGGCGCCGACGCAAUCCGUCGUCUCUCCGCUAUCAUCCAAGAGGACGGCGACGAGCUGACCGAGAAGCUGCAGAAGUUUGCGGCGUCGGUCUUGUCCGACGAAGCUGUUGAGAAAGAGGCAUCCAUCGAUUGGAUCAGUAAAGUAGCAGACCAGAGCUCGAUAGAGACUCGCGAAGAUCUGCGAGAGCUGCAGAGCUCACUCUCCAUCUCAGAUGAUCUCUUGCUGCGUUUGGAGCCUCUCGAGAUUGCCCAGCAGAUCCAAAUCUUCCACGCUGAUGCCCUUCGUCAUUUAGUCGGUCGUCGCCUCUCCAUGCUCGAGCUGCUCGAAACUGCAAAGAAAGACGACAAGGUCGUAUCUGCGCUCAGUUUCGAUUCCUUAUCUCCCCACCCCCUUACCGUUCUGGCUCUGAAGCAUCUCCUCAACUCCAGCGCAGGGGCGUCCGACCCAGCGAGCGUCGAUCAGAACGGCGCACGGCACCGUGCUUCAGUGCUUCGCCAUUGGAUCGCUGUCGCCUCCUAUCUGCUCACGCUUGGUGAUGUCGCUGGAUGGAUGGCGGUCUGCACUGCACUGUGUUCCCGUGCUGUGACCCGCUUGGAGCAGACCUGGCGUUACCUGGCCGAAGGUGACCGAGUCUUGGUGGCAGAAGAAUGGGCUCCAAUCCUGUCGAGCAUCUCGUGGACAGAAGGUGUCUCGGUCAAUGUGCGGGCCCGCUUUGUAGGGGAUAAUUCGGAGCCUUUCGUCGUCAUGCCAGAUGGCAAGAAGGCUGCGGCGGUCCCUUACCUCGGCAACGUCCUCUAUCGCACUCUGCGACAAUUUGAUAGCCCGUCAGCGAGCGCCGGCCAUGUCAAGCUUCUAGGUCCAGCAGAAGACGCGUUCUAUCUGUUUUCAACUUCCAACGAAUGGCGAAGCGUGUGGCAACAAGCGGCUGCCGACCCUGCUCUAUGCAUUAUCGACCAUGCGGAGCCUCUGGCUCAGUAUCAAGCAACGCUGCAUUUGCUUUUCCAAGAUGCAGCAGCUCGCAACUCGACAUUGCAGUGCGACAUGGAACGUUCUUUCCAACUGGAAGCCAAGGCGCUAGGCAACCACGACGCUCGCGAGAGGCAUACACUACCACCCAACGCCAACCCGUGCCUCCCGCUCGUGCCUCUUCUGUUCCCUCAGCCGCUCCCGCUCUUGUCUCUGCUGGAUGCCACUCAGAUCAAGGCUGAGCUCUUCCGCCGAGAUGAUCAGCGCAUGAACGCGAGCAAAGAUCCGCAUGCGACAAUCACCUCGCGUUCUCUCAUUCGUCCAUCGCUAGCUGGAUCGCCGUUGGUCAGAUCAUCGGCUUUCUCACCUCCACUUGGAAGCCGUACGAGUCGCAGCGCCACCUUCAGCGGUAUCAUCGAGUGGUCUUCGAAUUCACCCACGCCGAGCUGGGAGGACCCUAACAGCACUGUCAUCAAGGUCGGCAAUGAGCUGAUGCUCCGUGCUGUGCAAGAACCCAACUUAUCGCUUCCCAGCUCCCCAAUGACAGGCAAGCGCUUUUCGCAGGACUUCGGCCGUGCUUCGCGACCUCUUUCGCAGAUCUCGAAACGAUCCAGCUUGCCUGCGUCUAACCGUAGCUCCGUCGUUGACAUUUUAGUGCCGAUGCAGGUGGUUGUAAAAGCAGCAACGCUCGACCGCAUGAUCGAUAUUCUCGUAAUGGGUCUUCAACACGUCAACGUCUCCCCUGCGCCUGCCGCUGGUGAUAGCAACGAAUCGCAGAACGUGCCGGCGCGCAAGACAAGGCUCGUGAUGGAUAUGGAGACCUACCGAACUACCUUCCUCGCUACAUUCCGCAGUCUCUGUUCGCCUCCUGAGCUGUUUGAACAGCUGCAGAAGCGAUUCUCAACAGCGAUCACGGCGAGUAAGGAGCUGUCCGGUGCUGACGAGUUCCGUACUUCGAGUCAAUUCCCGUCGUGGAUCUCGGUCAUCCCUGUGGGAAGCCAAGCAGAGCCCACCGAUUGGGAUAUGGUCUACCGCAUCCGCAUGGGUGUCGUGCUGACAUUGCGAUUGUGGAUUGACCGCUUCGCACAGGACUUUGUGGACGACGACGUUCUAUACCAUAUGGCCCUAGGUUUCCUGCGUCAACCUGGCCUCGAAGUGACCCCGGAGGACCUCGAUCAGCAGAAGGUCGUGAACGCGCUGGCUCAACUAAGGGGCAUGUUUGGUGCAAAAAUCAUGGGCGCCAAUGCGAGGCAAGAAGAGCGCAGCUAUGCUACUGACUCGUCUGUUCAGGUUGCUAGCGACCAACAUCAUGCCGAGUUUGACUUCGACCGAGCUUCAGCAGCCGAGCUGGUCGAGUACCUGGAAUCAAUUGCGACCGUGUUCUUCGACAAGAUCGUCGAUCGUGACCUUCUUGUUGUCAGCGAAAUCUUUGAGAAGCAGGCUAAUCACCCUGCUGCAUGGUUCACCGUCAAAACAGGCAGCACUGGGACAGCUGAGGAGGACAAACCCGUCACCAACAUGUACACGCUGCUCGAUGUUCUCAAGACAAACGACAAUGCAGGCAAAGAUGCCAGCAAGGACACCAACAAGAACCUGACUCUGCAGCAAAAGCUUCCAUCGGCAGUGCGCGGUGCCCUUGCCGCGCAAAGUCUCUUCCGAGGCUGGAUCGCCAUUCACAUCAUCGAGUCGGGUAUCGGUCUCGAGCGUCGUCAAGAGAGGCUUUCAAAGCUUCUGGACGCUCUAUGGAUCUGCAGGGCCCGCAUGUUGCGGCUGAGAAGGGACGAUGUUACGACCACAGUGAAUGCCAAUAACGGCAAUCCCAGCAUUAUGACAGACAUCUCUCAGCCCUUCCGCGAACCCACCAUCGGAUCCUUUGUCGAGUCUGCCAUCGUCAACACGCUCGGCUCUUCCGAAUCGCGCAUCUUCUUGCGCGCAUGGCAAGGUGUGGCGGCAUCUCGCGGCGCCAAGGGCGACAGCCUGGAGGACUUGAUGCCGCAGCAGGUCGACGCAGCCAUGCGGUCCGCCACUGAGCUGUCAGGGACGCCUGACAUCGGCUGGGUUCUCGCAUGCUUGGCUGAAGCAGCUACCCAGGCACCGAGCAUUCAGACUUCGACUGCGGACGUCGAGCUGAUCGACUUUGAGAAGCGACGUACAAUGUGGGCGCUGAUCGAUGGUGCUGUCCGUGUCCGACCCGCCUGCAACGUCCCUGACCUUGUCGAUCUUGCAGGUGCUCGAUUGCGACUAAUGCAGAGCGCCCUGACUCGAGUCAUUUGGGACCGCCGCGCCUUCCGUGAAGAUGCAGCCAAGGAGAUGCGCAACGCUCCGCCAGUCCGAUCGGAUGCCAGGCUGCGUCCGAGCAGCUCCACCAAGGCGCUCCCUGGUCUGUCGAAGCAGCAGCAAGAGAAGCUUCGUCGAGAUCGAGCGGCUUUGGAGAUGCUCAACUCGCUACCCUUGCGACCAUCGAUCUCGUCUCGGGUGUCCAGCAUGCCGUCGAACGGCACAAGAGGCUCGGCUGCCAGUUCACCUUCUUCUGGUAACAUGCCUAUGCCAUCAGAGAAGUCCGCAAUCACGCAAGCACCUCCGCCCGACAAGGCUACCAUUCGUGCUCGUCGCAUGACUGCACUGUUCAAAGGUGCCGUGCGUCCGCUCAUCUCAUUGGACAAACCCGAUGGACCUGCCAAGUCGGUGUCUGAGCUGAUGCGCCUGACUCCACUUCAGAAACCUUCCAUCAUUGCAGGGCUUGGCGGUGCGCGCAUCUCCGUCUGGAACAAUUCUCAACGGUCGUUCGUGUUUCAUCUCACUUCGCAAGAGGGCGCCAAAUAUCUCUUGCAAACCUCCAAUGCUGCAGAGCUAGCGAAAUGGGUUAGUCACGUGGAGCGGACAUCGAAGGAGUACGCUGUGCAGAGGCCACUCGACGCACGAAAAGGAUCUGUUCCAGCCAAGAGCAAGGCCACGCCCGCGCCACUGUAUGGACGGCCUCUGGUGGAGCUUUCGGAACGAGAAGGUCAUUCCGUCCCGACGGCGGUCGAGCGCAUGUUUGCCGAGAUCGAAGCUAGAGGUCUUCGAGAGCAGGGUAUUUAUCGUAUCUCGGGCUCCAAGAGCUCUGUCGAGAAUCUGCGAAGAACGUUCGAUCAACAGCCUGCAGAGUCGAUCGAUCUCGCUACAGGCGAGUUCAGUGACAUUCACACCAUUGCAGGCGCCGUGAAGACCUGGCUGCGAGAGCUACCGGAGCCUUUGAUUACCUUUGACUCGUACGACGAUCUGAUCGCAACCAACGCCAUGGAAAACGAUGAUCGGCUUUAUGCUAUGCGCGACAUCAUCUGGAAGAUGCCCAAGGUCCACUUUGAUGUGCUUCGACGCACAGCAGAGCAUCUCGCGCGUGUCGUUGAGGAAGGCGAGGUCAACAAGAUGCUGGCACACAAUGUCGCGCUUGUCUUUGGAACCUCACUGCUCAACCCGCCCCCUGGUCCGUCGAGUGUCGCUAUCGGAUUUGGUAACCUUGGCAAAGCCGCCAAUGUAGUCAAGACAAUCGUGACAAUGCACGAGUGGCUCUUUGAGCCCGAACCGGAACCAGAGCCGGAGCUGGAGGUUGAGCCGGAGCUAGAGGCACGAACCGACGAUCAGACUGAGGCACAGCCUGAUCCCAGCAACGUUGUCGCGGCCGAAGAGGGGUCGGAAAAGAUAGCAAACUGGAACACGCCUUCCAAGUCAGACCGCGCACUUGCCUCGUCGCUGUCGUUGCCAAGCGACACAGCGGCAGUCAACUUCAGCGCACCUCUAACUCUAGAGCCGCCCACUGAUCACGGGCCCGCCGAGCUCAGAGACGCAGAUGGCGAAGAUGAGGCGUUAUCUGAGCUCCCGGUGCGUUCCCGUCGCGGUGGUCGGGGUAGACCUUUGACCAUCGUUGGUCUUGAUGGGUUGUCAGCGCUGGGUGGAGAGGAUGCUGUAGCCAAAUUGCUCGGAAGCGGCCGGGACGCGGAGAUGAAGACGGUGGCUGACGAGGAUGAGGAGGCCUCAGCACAUGAAGCAGGCAAGGCUGCUCAGACAGGGACAGAAGCUGAAGUCUCAGUCGAAUCACAUACGAUUGGCGCGGCUCCUCGCAUCGUGCUUUCCGGAGACGGCGACAGCGAGGAGGAAGCAGUGGAGGAUGAGGUCUCUGAGAGUGCUGGGGACGACUCGAAUGACGUCGACGCGGCUGCUGACGGGGCUGAGGAUGCACCCUCGGUCGAACAGAACAUACAUGGCGAUGAUGCUGACGCUAGCUUAGGCCUCGCUGUUGCUACCGAGCGCCCACGAAAGGCUCGCAGCACGUAUCGAGACAGCGUCUUCACGUCAUACUCGAUAUAUGCCGAUUGUUUUGACAACAUGAAGCUGGAAAGUCAGUCUUCGGCGGCGAGCAUGGUCAAGCGUCAAUCGAUGCAGUUGCUUGGUCAGCCUUCCGCGUCCUCUUCAGAAGCCGGGAUCCCAGAGACCAAGCAGGACGCCUGA